AUGCUAAGUUUAUUAAUGUUACUGCUGGCCAUUAUGACUGCUGUGACGGCAACCGGCGGCAACAAACAGUCCGCACAAACCACGGUAAGCUCGUAUAGAAAACUUUUUAUAAAAUUUUUCAGGGGCGUAACGUGAGAUUUUGUAGGUGUACGCACGUGGGGAAGGAAAGUUGUAGUGCCGAAGGCGGCCCACCGUAGGGAGGUCUGGGGGCAUAUGCUACUCCAGAAAUUUUUAAAUUUAAAGUCUCAGAAAUGCCACUUUCAGCGUUUUCUGCAGGAUAUUCUCAGUAGAUUUAUCCUUAGGAAAAGCAAUUAGUUGUACAUGUGUAUUUUCCUAACUCUAGUGUUGUCGGUAAGGUACAGUGUUUACGGGAGAAAAAGGCCAGUGACGUCAUCAGAAUUAUGGAAAAAUAAAAGAAUAAAGGACAUACUGACACAAGGAUUCGGUUGUGGCGAAAAAUGUAUCAUUCAUUCCGAUUUUAUAAUAAAAAAAUGCUUUUUCAGGAAAUAAAAAUAUAUUUUUAUUAUACCAAGUCAUUUCACAUGAGAUAAUUUUCCUCCUGAGCGCCACCAAGAGUUGUACGUGGCGGCGUACUCGCCUAAAGGGGCGAGCACAUGGUAAAGCACGGUUAAAAACUAUGACACCUGGAACGCCCUAGAUUCUGAUUGGUUAGAAUCCAGAUACGCUCCAUACCUGCCGUCUGAACCUGAGGAAGUAAGUGCCUUGUCAUAAAAUCCCAUUAUGACGUCAUAAUGGUGUCUUUUUUUUCAUAUUUUAGCUGUACAUGUACGCACGGCGUAUGUGAGUAUAUGGACGCGAAGACGCUACGCCCCUGACAUAUGACAAUAAGGAGCUAAAGCAACGAUGAAGGCGACGUCAACGAGAACGCUUUUUUGUACAUUUCUUCCGGUCGUCACUGCACGACUACGACGUGAAAAUACCUAAUUUCAAAUUUUGUGGAGGACUUGAACACAAGACAAGGACUUUCUCUUUCUUUUCCUGACCUUUCAUGCAGAGUUUUAGAAUUAAAGUCCAGAAAUAGUUGCCAACAUUUGACGAAACAAACUAGAUGAAAUAAACGCGAUAAAGUUUAACGCAUCGCGACUUCACUUCUUAAGUGACGUUCUCGUAGCCGUCGCCUUCGCUGUUGCUUAAGCUCCCUAAUAAAGCUAUGAGAGGUGAAGAUAACACCUAUUUAACCUGGAGUAGUCAAUUGAUAAAAAUCGGUAUCGAUUUUUCAAUCGAUAAAUCAAUAAAAAUCGGUAAAUCUGAUUUAAUUGAUAUCAAUCGGUAGAAAUCGAUGACACGCUCGUUUCCUUUAUCGAUUUAUCUUGAUUUUUACCGAUUUGAUCGAUUCAUAUCGGAAGAAACAUCUGUUCAUCAGUUCAUUGAAAAAUAAAGCCUGAAUUCACGCAAAUAGUAAAUUUAUUGACAAUUAAAUGGCAGUUAAAAGACAAAGGAUCAAACAUUUAUCACUAUGAUAUUGUUGAUCAAACAUUAUCACUUACAAAGAAAUCUUUUCUUUAAAACCAGGCUUAAAAUCUUCUUCUGAUGGCUGGUAUUGGCCAAGUUUGUAGGCGUCCAGUUUUUCAGAUCUACCACCCCUUAAAAAUAACGUCGGUGAAGAGAUCCGGGUGCAGUUACAUCCUGGAGGACCCGUAGGACCCUGAGUAGUCAAUGGAUAAAAAUCGAAAUCGAUGAAAGUCGUUAAGAAUCAAGUGAUUUUUAUCGAUUGAUAUCGGAAAACGGUGAAAAUAUUUGGAAAAAAAUCUUUUAGCCUGAAUCUCGAAUUGAAGGAAUGUCUGACAGUUUGGCGUUUUUGUUUUAAAGGGUUUUGGAGAGAAACUUGUGUGUAAUAGUUUCCACAUUUCUCAUUUUCAUGUUUGCUGAUCAGUUGGGUAACUCGUGGAUGCGUUUUCUUAGCUGUACUAUCUGACUCAUGCCAAAAAAAAAACAAUGGCGGACUUCCGUUAUAAAUCGUCAAAGCCGUGAAUAAUCGAUAAUAUCAAUCUUACACAGGAAUUCAGUUCAUCGAUUUUCAAUGAUUUCCGUUAUCAAUUGAUAAAAUCACUUGAUUGCUGCCGAUUUUUAUCGAUUGACUACUCCCGGUAUUUAAGAAGCAGCCAGGAAAAGCAAAUACAUGAAAAUAAAAAAUUUUCCACCUUUGCUGAAUCUGAGCCCUUAGGAAAUUCAAAGUUUCAGUUGAACAUGAGCUCGUUGGACAAACAUUUUUUUGGAGAUAAGGUAAGCUAUUAAUAGCUGUUUCUACUAAAAGUACACAUACCGGCCUUUCUGCCUUUCAGCUUUUUGCGAACUAAAGCUGAAUACAAUCAGGAUCAAUCAGUCGCAGGAUAAGAUAUAUUUUUAAUAUUUUUUUAUAUUUUCUUUUUUGAAACUAGCAAUCUCCAUCGUUUUUUUAUGGUGGUUGUGGCAUUCCCGGCAUUCCCGGCAAGCAUGGUACUCCUGGGGUACCAGGCCGCGACGGACGUGACGGACGUGAUGGCCGUGAGGGAGCUAAAGGUGAUCAAGGAUUGCAGGGGAAGACUGGACCUCAGGGACCUCCUGGUGAUAAGGGACCUGCUGGUGUAAAGGGAGAGGAAGGGGCUAAAGGAGAACCUGGAGCCCAGGGUUCCAGGGGUCAGAAAGGGGAGCCUGGCCCGAUGCUGUUUAAGAACUGGAAAGAAUGUGCCUGGAAAAACUUGAAUGAUGGAAAGGACAGUGGUCUGAUCAAGGUGAGUCGUGCAUUUGCGAUUGAUAGGCAUACAAUUAUCAAAUUUACACACAACAUACAGGACAAGGCCUUUUGGUUGCCUAGUGCAAAUACCAACAAACAGCUAUUGGCUUCUGGCAUGCUCUCUCAUAAGAGAACAACCUCUAUAUAGGGGCCUAGCUAUACACGUAGGUUUGUAUAAAUUCUGUCGGCAGAAUUUCGAGGGGAUAAGGUACUCUUUCCUUCAAUGUCAAUGGUUGGUUAUUAUCAUAACUUGAAAAAAAACUUUAAUAGUAAUUGCAAAACAAGAUUAAUAUAGGAAUAAGAAAAUACCAUUUCAACUAAUCCGAGCAAAAUCAGGCGAUGAAUUCCUGCGUGGCAAAAUAUGUUUUAAAAGGAGGGGAGCGGGAUUCCGGGCGCGCGACAGGCGCGAAAGUCAGUCCCUCGCGUGCAGUCUCGCUCCCAAAUUCCCUUCCCCUUCUCUUACGAACGCCUGUCACCCAUGCUGUGCUAUGAGAUACAAUUUCGCCAUGCUUCAAUGAGAGCUAUGUAUGUCCUUGUUUCCUGUCAAAUUUUUAAAAUUCAAAAUGCCCGAAGGCCUGAAAUUUAUUUCCCGGUAUCCAGUACAAUUUAGCUACUUACUUAUGUGGGGCAUAAAAACUGCAAAGAUCCAACGCUGUCCGGGCCUAAUUGCUCGCCUCUACCAAUUCCUUAUUUAAGGUUCUUCUUCAGGUCGUAUUUCGGUCUGCACGGUUGUUUUUCUCCAGUUUGUUGCCCCCCUCCCCCGUUUGGGGUUGGGUGUAGGGUUAACUAAUCCAGUUUUAGCAAUUGCAUCUUAUUUUACGGUGUAUGGCGACAAUGAGAAUUUAGGUGUCUGAGCAGAAUUAGCAAAGUGAAGCAAUUUUUGCGAGCACUGCCAACAGGCAGAAUAAACUAUUUAACUUUCAAGCAGAUUUUAUACUUAGCCUAGCCAAAAUUGUCAGUAAGUCACUUCGGAAACUUUACUAAGUGGCCUCCUGUCCAUUGUUCGAAGAGGGUUGCUUAUUAGUUGUACCGUAUAUAGCUGUUCAGCAACUGCGGCGGACUGGCUCUGCAAAAAAAAGAGGUACUUUGGGCUUACACGUUAAAAGCCAGUGUCUUACCAAGGAGCAGUUAGUCAUAGCCUGUUCAGUCUAGGCGUUCAGAUAGUGGAGUGAGGCGCGAAGUAAGAGAGCGGGAAAGAUAUGCAGAGAGAGAGGGAUUCUCUCCUUCUCUCUCAUCCCCUACCCCACCCCCUCGCUGUUUUUCAUGCCCACUUCUCUCGCGCGGCAGUCCCCUCCAUCUAAACGCCUGGAACAGGUUAUAUUGCAAGUAACUCUAGGGCUGUGAUAUUAACAAGUUCAAGCGACUGGGUGAGGCCAAUUAUUUUUGCAAUCUUCAAUCUAGCGAAAAACUACGCCUAUAAAGUUUUUAAGAAUGUCACGAUUUUCGUCAGUGUUUCGGGUAAAGCUAUGGGGUUUCGGCAUAACAGAAGCGUGCUUGUGGGUGUGAUUACUGAACAGCUCUGAACAAAUGUCUUGACCUUCUUGAGUAUGAUUUCUUGCUUUGGUUAACGUGUAAAGGUUUCUCUGGCCUGUAUCUCAUGGUAAGACUCUCAGCCUAGUCUCUGCUACUAACAAGGACGUUUCAUCUCUCAGUUGACUCUGAAGACUUAUGCGCCGAUCAAUUCGAAACUUUAACAUCCCAAAGCAACCCCCUUGGCAUUUGAACUUUUUAAGGCAUGCCUGGUCAGAUUCUUCUUUUGUCCUCAGCAGAGGCUUCCGCUGGGUAUCCCAUUGUCCCACGCGCGCUUCCUUUUUCUCUCUCCCCAGGUUCCCUACGAUACAAAGAGGCCUUUGCGGAUGAGAGAGAAGUUCUCCUUACAAAUUACCCCAUGGUAGUGGUCAAAUGCUUCUCCCGAAGAGGAAAUGUUUUGCAAAUAUAUGGUGUGUGGAUUAGCGAAAAGUAAAUGUUUCGGACGUCUUAAAGUAAGUCGGGCUUAUAUCUCCAGUGAUAAUAUACUUUGUAUUAAAAAAGGGAGGGAAAUUGGGGGUCAUGGUAACAAAAUUGGAUACAUGUAGCUUUUGAAGUCCUUGCCGAACAAGCCAUUCGUUUACAAAAGAUGUGUCUUAAACUUUAAAGUCUUCCAUUUAAUCAUGAGAAAGAUCGCAUCUAUCGAACUACGUUGUCAGACACCGGAUCUUAAAAAGAAUUUAACUUGAGGCUUGCGGUUCAAAUUCACCAUCCCCGGGCACAAGUGAUGGUCAAAUGCCCGGGGUUUGCCGGGGAAUUUUAAGGUGUCGAAUUGGUCGGCACAUACGAUUUCCAGCAACCGAUACGCGUGACAUCUGGAAUGUCAAAGAUCUAGCUUAAAACGGUCUCUAACGCUGGAUGAAGGGUUUGGAGUGGUGGAGAGGAGGACAAGCCAUUGAGGGGGUCACCGUUUCUACGGGCUGCGUUGACGGGGCCAAUUUUAAAACCUAAGGGUGCUUGAUCAUACACCGUAUUCACAAAUGGCGGACACGCGGGAAAAAACUGGUGCCUAGUCAUGAAAGCGAGGCGUUGGAGGAUAAACAAAAAUUACAAAUGAAGACUCUCAGUGAAACUUGCAGAGUGUUUAGCACGGAUUCCACUUAAAAUAACUUUGUACGGACUUCUUUUCAAAUACAAUUACGUGGGAUGUCUUCUGCUUUUAAUGUCAAGUAAUGAUUUGCUGUUUGCAAUCAAAAGGGACGCGUAUAUCUUCAAGGAAACAGGAUGAUUUUGUAGGUUUCCUGAGCAUCAGAAGCUCGCCAAGUGGAGAUGGCUGGAGAAAAGCGGCAAACAUGUUGGCCCAAACUUCACAUUGAAACCGAGUACGAAAGCCAGCUAACUGCAAUUCGGUGAAACAGAAAUAUAAACAAAUCUUGGUGACAAGAAAAAAAGAAAUAAGCGACAGAUAUAUGGCCUACUUGUUAACGCAAGAGACGUCUGCCGUUGAACAAAACAGUUCAAGUCGAGAUGGAGAAAAGGAAGACAGGAAAGAACAGGUGACUGAGGUUUCGAAGAAGUUAUGUUUGGUUUUUGUUUGCCAGGACGUUAUUCUCUGGUCUUUAUCGAUGAAGGACAUCAGUUAGAACUAUUUUUUUAGUAUGAAUGCAGGAGCGAUCGAGUGGAGUACGCUCAAAAUUUCAACUUGUUACUCAGCAGACUCGGUAAGCCGGACACAUAUCAUUUCAGCGAGUAAUUUCGUAUUUCUUAUCUUUGGCUGUUAAGAGUUUUAACUUUAUGUUCCAUAAUAUUUUAAAGUUGAAGAAUACAUAAAUAAAUAAAGUGAUGGUCUUCUUAAACGGAUCCAGACUCGAAUUUAAUUAUUCGAAACAGAAGCUUGCCGUGUUCAGUCAUGACACAAACAUUGCCUUAAAAGUUUAACCUAGUAAAAUGUAAGCUUUAUACCACUUUUUUACCAAAAGCUCUCUGAGAUAAUGCCCAAAAGGAGACCAGGCAAAUAGCAAGCCAUAAGAUUCACACACUACAGCUUCUAAUUUUUGAUAAAAUUAUUUUUAAUUAUUUCGCAAUGACAAAGAAAUCAUGAGGUUUUUGCUAAGCUCUGUACCUCGAACAAUUCGCUCCAAAGUGACGGAAUUAAUAUGAAUUAAUACGGUGUAUGGUAGAUCUAUUCCUAGCCAGCAAAAUCUUGUAUAGCCAAUUAAGAAAUGCAUAACGCAAACCUGACUACAGCGCUAUUGGAUUACAUUAGUCCCUUUUUCCAAAAAAGGAUAAAUUCAACCUCCCGGCUUUGGAGUCAGCCUUGCCUCUUCAUUUAUCAACUGAUUUAUUUGUCUAUCCACAACGACCACAACUACUAGGCAGUUGCUAUUAGAUCUAAGCUAGAUCUAGAUUUUGGAUGUCAUGGAACAUGGAACAACGUGUUGCCGAACCUCUUCGUUAACAGAUUUUCUGUCAAAUUUUUUGCAGGACUGUGUUUUCACCAAAAACUUUACUGAUACUGCCCUUCAUGUUUACUGGACGGGUGCACUAAGGAUUGCCAGCUGCAAUAGCUGCUGCAAACGUUGGUACUUCACUUUCAAUGGCGCAGAGUGUUCUGCUCCUCUGCCCAUUGACGGAGUUGUCUACAUGGCGACGGGCGGUAAUAAAAAUCUCCAUCGCGUCCGCCAUAUUGAGGGCCACUGUAAUAACAUCCAUAAAGGAAAGGUGCGCGUGGGAUUCUGGAUCGGCAACUGCGCUUCAUAUGGAAACGCUGAUGGCUACACAGGAUGGAAGUCAGUGUCCCGUAUAUUUGUUGAAGAAGUUCCUAAAGCUCAAGCUUAA